GCGUUGUAUUGGAUAGUGAUCGAGGAGGAGGGUUUGUGUUGCGUCUUUGACUGUACAUGCCGGCGUCUAUACGGCCACGGCCACGUGCCUCCAGCGCUUGUCGAGCCGUUGCACCCGACGCUUCAGGCUGCCGUGCACUGCCAGAGCGUUGCCGACCGGAUUGUUGCAGACUUGGACAUAAUUUUGAUGCGCUUUACUCUGUGUCCAAGACUGUAUAAGAGACCAAAAGCGGCGCCCACAACACAGCAACGCUGUGUGACCAGCUCAACACCGCCGCACUCCAAUUUUCGCUAGAUCUGCACCACCUCUACCCCCGUUCAGUCUCUAGAUCGCGUCGGCCGACCAUCCACACUACCAAUUCUCUGUUUCCUAACCAUCACUCGCUCAUAGAUCGACAUGCCUGACGGUUACGACUAUCUGUUCAAGCUGCUGCUUAUCGGGGACUCGGGUGUUGGGAAGUCAUGUUUGCUAUUACGAUUCGCGGAGGACAACUUCACAGACAGCUACUUGAGUACGAUUGGUGUCGACUUUAAGAUUCGCACCAUUGAGUUGGAGGGGAAGACAGUGAAGCUACAGAUUUGGGACACAGCGGGUCAGGAGCGGUUCCGCACGAUUGCAGCUGCAUAUUACAGAGGAGCACAUGGUAUCGUGGUCGUGUACGAUGUCACCGACACUGAGUCAUUUGACAACGUCAAGGGCUGGCUGACGGAAAUCGAGCGGUACGCGUCAGAAACCGUCAAGAAGCUUCUUAUUGGCAACAAAUCCGACCUGGUGGAGAAGAAGGCCGUCGAAUACAACACAGCCCAGGAGUUUGCAAACCAGAUACAAAUACCCUUCAUCGAAACGUCAGCGAAGACCGCUGCGAACGUCGAGGAAGCCUUCAUUGUCAUGUCAAGACAAAUCAAAGAUAGUGUUGACUCUGCCCCGCCAGCCCCGGCAAACGGUUCGAAGGCCGGCACCGUCACCCCAGGCAAGAGUCUAGAUGGCCAAAAUGCAUCAGGGUGCAGCUGCUGAGCCAGCUUUCGGGACAUGUCAUUAAUGUCUCUGCACGUCGUACACGCACAUUUCACCGCCACGAUGUCCGCUCUGUAUGACCGUUUUUAAUCUCACGGAUCCGAUAUCUAUUAGUGCAGUUCUAUCGUAUAUACCUCCAU